AUGACGAUCCAGCGCUUCUUCGCCGAGCACUGGGAAAAGAAGCCGCUGCUCGUGAAGAGGAAGGAGAGGAAGGUAGGCGAUGGGAACCGCCUGACGAAGGACCUGUUCUCCUUCGCCACCUUCGAGCGCCUCUUCUCGUCCAACCGCCCGCUCUUCUACACCAAGAACCUCAACGUGUGCCGCUACGAAGACGGCGAGAAGAAGAUGCUCAACCCUGAAGGUAGUCCGGCUUCGCUCAAGGAGGUGCGCAAGUUCUGGCGUGAGGGCAGCACGUUCCAGUUCUUCCAGCCCCAGCAGCACUCGGAGGUGCUGCAUCGGAUGAUUGCAGGCCUGGAGCAGUACUUUGGCGCACUCGUGGGCGCCAACAUCUACAUGACGCCGCCCAACGCUCAGGGUCUGGCGCCGCACUAUGACGACGUCGAGGUGUUCAUCCUUCAACUCGAGGGCAAGAAGAAGUGGAAGCUCUACUCUCCCCCGCCUUCGGACGAGCUCCCGCGCGAGUACAGCAGGGAUCUCGACCAAGACGAGUGCGGCGAGCCGCUGAUGGAGCUCGAGCUCGAGGAGGGCGACCUGCUCUACUUCCCGCGCGGCACCAUACAUCAGGCCUGCACCGGCCCAUCUGCCUCUACGCACGUUACCAUCUCCACCUACCAACGCCACACCUGGGGCGACUUCCUGGCUGUCGCUCUGCCGUUGGCCAUCAAGGAGGCCAUCGAAGAGGAUGUGGAGUUCCGGCGCGGCUUGCCGGGCGAAGCCUCACAGGGCAAGGGCAAGGGCAAGAAAGCUUCGAGCGGUAGUAAGGGCCAGGCCGCCAAGCAGCAGCAAUUCGAGUCCAAGAUGGUUUCACUUCUGCACAGAUUGAGCGGCCAUCUCUUGCUCCACAAGGCGGCGGACAUCACGUCGCUGGACUUCGUCAACCAUCGGUUGCCCCCGGCAUCGCUCUGCUACGCUGCUCCCCAGGAAGAAGCCCAGACCAAGAAGGCGACCAAGAAGAAGCAGAGCAAGGAGCCUCAGGUACAAGAGGCGCAAGUUUUGGACGAUGACUCUUCCAUCAGACUGGCGGAGCCCAACUACAUUCGCCUGGUGGUGGCCACUGCGGAGGAUGAAGAGGGUCCCGAUGCCGAACAAGCUGGCAUGCUGCUGGACGAAGAAGCCGGAAGCGAGGAGGACUCUGAAGCCGAUGAGGACCAGCCCAAGAAGGCAAAUGGCCGUUGCAAACAGAAGGUUGACGUGGAGGAAGAAGAAAGUGAAGAGGGUGAAGGGGCUGAUGAUGAAGACGAGGAAGACGAGGAUGAAGGAAGCGUCCUUCUCUAUCAUUCGCUUCGCAAUCCCGCCGAGUUGCACAUGAGCGGCCACCGAAACGAGCCCAGCCUCCUGCGCUUCCCUCUCAACCACCUCCCGGCCCUCAAGCACCUCGUCGCGAGUUAUCCGUCCUUCGUGCCGGUGGCUUCGCUGCCGGGCCUCGAUCCGACGCAGGCGAUGCAUCUCGCCAUUGCCCUGGGCGUCGAGGACCUCCUGCAGACAAGCAACAAGUGA